GAUCUUGCAGCAGCAGCAGGGAUGACGAGGGGGAACGUUGAGGGGGAGCAGAUCAUGCAAUGAACUCCUGCCAGUGUGUGUAGCUUGCACUCCCUGCACUCCUAUGGGGGGAGAAGGGGCUGCUCUGGUUGGAGCAGGGCUGAGGAGGGACCGAAAAGGCCCACGAGUGACCCCAGACUCACACCUGCUCCCCGCUCCAUUCCAGGAUGGCCAGGCUCCUGCGCAGGUUCAGGAGGAAGGCUCUGCAGGUGGCCCCAGAGCCUUCGGGAAGGAGCGGCCAUCUUCCCAAGGGGCAGAGCCACCUCUCCGUCCCCGCUGGCGGGGAAGCAGCUCCCAUCCAGGCCAGAAGGCAGAAGUUCCCAGCCUUCUGGAGAUCAAGGCCAGCUCCCGGCGCAGGCGCCGACCUGGGAGAGGCCCCGACCAAGCCCAGGUGCAGCUGGCUCAGGAUGAGGUUUUGCGGACAGGACCCAGCCCAGGAGGGGCGCCGGGCAGGGAGGCUCUGGGGCCUGUUAUGUGGGCAGGAGCGGCCCCAGGAUCCCAGCCCUCAUUCCCAGCAGGGGGCAUCGCCCUGCCCGGGCUCUGAGGAUCUUUCAGCCCCCUCAGACCAGGAGGUGGAAGAUCCCAGCACCAGCACCAUCGGCUCAGCACGGGACAGCAGCAGUGCCUGGGGCUCCAGCAGCAGCGACGCCUCUGGACGCUGCUGCGUUGUUCCAGGGACCCCCACGGAGUCAGCGGCGGAGGAAUGGCUGGAGAUGACCACAGAGGAAGCUGCUCUCAAGGUCAUCGGAGAGCAGCUCCAGGGCAGAGACAAGGUACAAAUGUUCCCCCCUGG